CCGCGCCACAAUAGAUAUUCACCAUUUCACCAGAAUAGGCCGGUAGUUCUCGUUGAACCGCGCCACGAACAGCACGGCACGGCGUGGCAACGCGGCCGCUUAUUUGUUCACCCCAUCCCCUACAGGAUCUCCAACUCACACCUGCAAAAAACACACACAGUUGGACCUUAACCCGACAGCUCCUCCUCGAGCAGCAGUUGACGAGAGCCGUCGACCGAUCAGCGCAACACAAGCGCUCAGUACCGCCACGCAAUCCGACCCGGGAUGGAGUUCUACGAGCCCGCUCCGCUAGCGCUGGGCUACGGUAAUGGUACCCGCGAAUGGUUUGUGGACCGUUGGGACGCACUGCUAGACACGAUCGGAGAUGAUCAGGAAACGCUGUACGUGUGGGUGCUAACGUUCUACACCAACGCCAUCUACUGGAUACUGGGCGGGCUGUUCGUGGUGAUGGAUCUGACCGAGUGGCCCAAGUUUAUGCGCAAGUACAAAAACCAGCCCGGCAUGAACGAGCCGCUGGAUUGGGAAAAGUUCAAAAAGCUGGUGAAAACGCUACUAUUCAACCAAACCGUCGUCGGUAUCCCGACGGCCUACAUUGCGUUCAAUCUCAGCCGAAACGGUGUGCCACCGCCGCGUGCCCUACCGUCGGCGUUCACGGUCGUGCGCGACUUUGCCGUCUGCAUCACGCUGUGGGAGAUCACGUUCUACUACAGCCACCGGUUGCUGCACUCGCGCUUCUUCUACAAGUACGUGCACAAGAAGCACCACGAAUGGACGUCCCCGGUGGCCCUGGCCGCCAUGUACGCGCACCCGUUCGAGUACGUCAUCAGCGAUCUGCUGCCGGUGUUUGCCGGCCCGGCCGUCAUGAAGUGUCACGUUGCGACGACCGCCAUCUGGUUCGCGUUCGUCAUGGUGGACACGGUGCUGGAUCACUGCGGCUACCAUCUGCCGUUCCUUUCCAGCCCGGAAUCGCACGACUACCAUCAUCUCAAAUUCAACCAGUGCUUUGGGCUGUACGGAUGGAUGGAUUGGUUCCAUGGUACCGAUUCCGAGUUCCGGAAGAAGAAACAGUUCCAGCGGCAUCACCGCAUCGUCGGAUUCCAGUCAGCGCGAGAGCUAGUGCCGGACAAGUGAGCGUCCUCGGUAGGAUGGGACGCACUUCUUGUUUACUACUUUUGUGCUCGUCUGACUGUACAGUGAUCAAGACCUGAGAUGUCUCGGCCAGUGCGAGGGAGUUACUAUUUUGUGUAAGGGUUAUAGUUUUAUUCCACAAUAGUCAAGUUAUUUAUAGCAUUAAUGUCUUCAACUUAGCCAAAGUGGCUCGUGGUUGCAAUUCUUCAACCAAGUGAAUAAAAUCUUGCGGCCUAACAUGUUGCAUAGUACAAAUCAA